AUGAGUGAAGAGGAAGUAAAAACUGAGGUUACAGAGUCGACACCCGACGCUAAGCCAGAAGGUGCUGAGCCCGAACCACAGCCAAAUGUCGAAACAACAGAAAAUACGAAUUCAGCGUUAGAUUCUCAAACUCAAGAACAAACACUACCAGAAAUGCCGCAAAUUAAAUUAAACAUCACAAUACCAGACAUAACUCAAGCACACGAGCCGGAACAAGAGACAGCACCAACUCCAGAACCUGAGCCUGAACCACAGCCCGAUCAACAAAACCAAGCUCCACAAGCAGCAAAAUUACCAACGGAGCCAACAGUUACCGAAAAAGGAAUCCCGAUUGAAGACAGGGCGAUGUGGGUAUCAGAUACUUAUGAACAACACCCAACUGCUCUUGAAUUCAGAGAGAAAACAAGACAGUGGACCAACAGACAUUCAUUCGGAAAACUAAAACGCGUUAAUUACACAACUAGCGCUUCACAAUUAGAUCACUAUAGAAUCCUCAAGCUUAUUUACCAGCACCUCCACUCUAUUGGUCUUCACAGCGAGGCAGAUACUUUAUGCCGCGAAUCAAAAUUCGAAUUUCAAAGUAAAGAUCAGGAAUGGGAGAGAACUGACCUUCGCAUGCUCAUUUCUAUGUCCUUAGGUCCUAGAGAUAACCUUUGGGAUGACACAGGAUUCGAUAACUUUAUCAUGUACGAUGAAAAAUUCGAUCAAGACAAUUACAGUGUUAAAUACGAAGGCUCCCUUACAGGAGGAUGCGAGCCAGAGUUUUACGAAGACGAAAUGACCUUCUUUGAUGACGAACAUAGCUCCGAAACCGUUGCAACGGCUACAAUUCAUGCCAUUGUCUGUUCUUUGCUUAUUGAUAAGCCAGAAUUUGUCAAACCAGGCACCAAAGAAAAGAUAUUCUCUACGCUCAACUCAAUCUGCUCCAGCGCCCACUUUUUCGCUCAUAUUAUUACAUUAUACAAUCUUUUCCCACUUUACCAGAUCAAAAUCAUCAAUCUCAUCGAGCUAUGGAUUACCUUCAGCGGCUUCUUCAUUGGCAGCCGAACUCUUAACGCGAUUUCGUUUUUCCUCAAAUCCCAAAACAACGAACGCUGCAACAGAGUUCUCAACCUCAUGAAGGACCUCAAGUACGGCCACCCCAAGCUUUCCGCGGAAGCUCCCCCUGAAAUCGUCCCAGAAAAGUUAAUUGUCAAAAAGAACAAACCGUCAUCAAAUUCCAGCAAGAACAAGAGCGAAGCACCACUUGCCAGGCUUCUCAAUCCAUACCUUGGCCUUGCCGAACCUGUUCCUGAAGAGACUGCCCGCCAAAUCUGUCUUUUGACACAACAGAUUUUCUCAUCAAUCAACCCACGCGAGUUCUACACAGCGAUUGCGAACAGAUCAUAUGGACCGACCACUCCAGGACUCAACGAGCUGUACGCAUUUGGAAAACAGCUUAAACACCGCGCAAUGAGGACAAUUGUCGGCGAAGGUGACGCAUCUGAAGCCAAAGACAACAUGGAGAUUGUUAUUCAGAUUGCACAGAAGCUAGAAGAGCUGAAUAACUACGAAUCUAUCACAUGGAUUGUCGAUGCCUUUGAUUCUGACAUCAUUGCAAAUCUUUCUGGAAUUUUCGACAGUUUGUCUGAAGAAUCGAGGAAUAUGAUCACUGAUCUGAAGGAGAGGUACGGAUUCACUGAGAAGAGUGAUGCAUACGAAGAGAACGUUCUCAAGUGCCAGAAGGAAGGAAAACCAUGUGUUCCGAACAUGAGAUACGAGAUGAGCAUUGUUUCUAAGUCAGGAUACGGCGGAGAAGAGUUUGUUGAUGGAAAAAUCAACUUCAACAAGAGAAUGAAGAUCGGACAGUUCGUUACAAGAUUGGUUGACUUCCAGUCAAUCAAAUACAACUACACAGGAAUCUCACAGAUCCAAAAUGUCAUCAACAGACCAAUUUCGGCUUCAAAAGAACAACUCAUCGAGUUGUCAACACAAAUCGAGUCUCCUGUCAAGGUUGAUGCACAACAGGCAAAGCCGUUGAUGAGAAGAGCUUCAGCUGCAGUCCUCGAGUCAGAGGAAACACCUCAAACAAACGCAAUAAUAACACCGCAACAAGAUGAAAAUGAAUCACAAAAAGUGUCAAAUCCAAUUGAUCCAUCAGAAACAACUAUUGACGAAAAAUCUGAGAUAACUAACUCAGAAAUGGCUGAGAGCUCUGAUUCGGAUAAUGAUAACUUAGAUACUGAAAAUGCUGCAACUGAAAAUGAUAAUCAAAAUCAAAGCACUGAUUAA